CUCCUUGCACCCUGCCCCCCCCGCCCCGCCGCCUUCCUCCUCCGCUCCGCACCCCCUUCCUCCUCCUCUCCCUCCCCCCUCCUCCUCCGCCGCCGCCGCCACUUUCUCGCUCGCUCCCGCUCCCCGGACGCGGCGGAUGAGCCGGCCCCGCUGGGGAAGGGCUCGGGGCGGCGGCGGGCGGCCGGGAGGAGGCUGCGUGCUCGGGGCUGGGGCUGCGAGCGGGGUGAUUUUGUAUUAAAAUGAGGAGGAGGAAGAAGAGGCAGCCACAGCGGCGGCGGCAGCAGCAGCAGCAGCAGCAGCAGCAGCAGCAAGAACGGCGGCGUAGAGGGCUGCAGCCCGGGCGGACGCGCGGAGCCGAGCUGGGCACGGCGGCGGCGGCGACAGCGGCCGGGAUGAGUCAACUAAUAAUUUAAUGGGGGCAGAGACGGCAGCGCGGGGGAGAGCGAGCGAGAGCGAGCGAGAGAGAGAGAGAGAGAGAAGCAGCCCCGUCCGGGGACUCGCGCUCACACGCACGCACACACACACAAACACACACACACACCUCUCCCUGUGCCACCCAGCAACAACCGGCCUCGUCACAACAACAGCAACAGCCGCCCUCUAGCCCGGCCCGGGGACCGAGCAUAAAGCCGGGGCGACUCCAGAGGACGCUUCCCACCCCCUCUUGCAUUUCGGGAAACUCCUCAUCAGUUUUGUUGGGGUUUCUGGGUUUCUUUUCCCCCCAAGUCCCAGUGCCAUUGUGGUGCUCGUUGUUUACCUCGGACUCUGGCUGAGUGAGAGCUUGGCGACUUUUUGGGGGGAGGGGGCGGGGAGUUUGUCGCUGCUGAGGCGGUAGAGGUGGCUGGGGGUGUCUUCUGAUUCUCUCCCCCUCCCCCCAAACCCUCUUUCUCUCUCCCUACUCACUCGGCUUCCCAGGCGCUCGCAGCCCCGCGUCAAUGGGCUGGGAGAGGGUCCUCGGGGCUGCUAUCAGCGAGGGCCGAAUCAAAAGUGGCAUUUCAGUGCCUUUCCGGGGCUCUUUCCGCGACCUUCUGCCCCCCACCCUCGCUGUUCCCCGGUAGAUGCCCUCGUUGGGGGUGCAGGGCUGUAGGAAGAAAGUUUAAGGUUUGUUAAUAAUUAGUCGCAAUUGUUGGGGAGGGGGUGGGGGCGAUUGGAAGGGAGGUGAGGUGGCCUUCCCCUCUCUGCGUUCUCCGGGGUUAUUAGAGAAUAAUAUUGCAAGUGACAGCCAGAAGUAGACUUUCUGUCCUCACACCGAAGAACCCGAGCGAGCAGGAGGGAGGGAGGGAAGCGAGGGGACCUUUUUUUCCUUUCUGGAGACCUUGUCCGCAGUGAUUUUUUUUUUUCUUUUUAAAAGAGAAUCCUCAGUCACCACCUCGCCUCCCCAGCACCACCACAGUGUACAGCUCAUAACGGGUUUUGCUUUGUUUUUACGAUUUUCCCCCCAACGAAUCACUUGUCAGAUCAAUUUUAUCUUCUCCCUCCUCCCUACUUCCCACUCUCCCCUCCUCCCCCAUCGAAAACCCCGUUCUCUGAGGUUAGACAUUUUACAAACCAUAUAUGUUGUUUUUCGAAUUGUGAAUUUUUUUUUUAAACCCCCUCUCCCAUGGCUACUCUUCUAGUCGUUUACUUCUGCCCUUCCCCCGCUUAGGGGGGCGGGGGUAGGGGAAGAGAAAAUAAUACAAUUUCAGGGGAAGUCGCCUUCAGGUCUGCUGCUUUUUUUUUUUUUAAUUAAAAAAAAAAAGGACAUAGAAAACAUCAGUCUUGAACUUCUCUUCAAGAACCCGGGCUGCAAAGGAAAUCUCCUUUGUUUUUGUUAUUUAUAUGCUGUCAAGUUUUGAAGUGGUGAGUUUCAGGUGAUCUUUAGAGGGUAACUGAGUAUGGAUCAUUUGAACGAGGCAACUCAGGGGAAAGAACAUUCAGAAAUGUCUAACAAUGUGAGCGAUCCGAAGGGUCCACCAGCCAAGAUUGCCCGCCUGGAGCAGAACGGGAGCCCACUAGGAAGAGGAAGGCUUGGGAGUACAGGUGCAAAAAUGCAGGGAGUGCCUUUAAAACACUCGGGCCAUCUGAUGAAAACCAACCUUAGGAAAGGAACCAUGCUACCAGUUUUCUGCGUGGUGGAACAUUAUGAAAACGCCAUUGAAUAUGAUUGCAAGGAGGAGCAUGCGGAGUUUGUGUUGGUGAGAAAGGAUAUGCUUUUCAACCAGCUGAUAGAAAUGGCAUUGCUGUCUCUGGGUUAUUCGCAUAGCUCUGCUGCCCAGGCCAAAGGGCUAAUCCAGGUUGGAAAGUGGAAUCCAGUUCCACUGUCUUAUGUGACAGAUGCCCCUGAUGCUACGGUAGCAGAUAUGCUUCAAGACGUGUAUCAUGUGGUCACAUUGAAAAUUCAGUUACACAGUUGCCCCAAACUAGAAGACUUGCCUCCCGAACAAUGGUCGCACACCACAGUAAGGAAUGCUCUGAAGGACUUACUGAAAGAUAUGAAUCAGAGUUCGUUGGCCAAGGAGUGCCCCCUUUCACAGAGUAUGAUUUCUUCCAUUGUGAACAGCACUUACUAUGCAAAUGUCUCAGCAGCAAAAUGUCAAGAAUUUGGAAGGUGGUACAAACAUUUCAAGAAGACAAAAGAUAUGAUGGUAGAAAUGGAUAGUCUUUCUGAACUAUCCCAGCAAGGUGCCAAUCAUGUCAACUUUGGCCAGCAGCCGGUCCCAGGGAACACAGCUGAGCAGCCUCCGUCCCCCGCACAGCUCUCCCAUGGCAGCCAGCCCUCUGUCCGGACCCCUCUACCGAACCUGCACCCUGGGCUUGUGUCAACGCCCAUCAGUCCUCAGUUGGUCAACCAGCAGCUGGUGAUGGCUCAGCUGCUGAACCAGCAGUAUGCAGUGAAUAGACUUUUAGCCCAGCAGUCCUUAAACCAACAGUACUUGAACCACCCUCCCCCUGUCAGUCGAUCUAUGAAUAAGCCUUUGGAGCAACAGGUUUCAACCAACACAGAGGUGUCUUCCGAAAUCUACCAGUGGGUACGUGAUGAACUGAAACGGGCAGGAAUCUCCCAAGCCGUAUUUGCACGUGUGGCUUUUAACAGAACUCAGGGCUUGCUUUCAGAAAUCCUCCGCAAGGAAGAGGACCCCAAGACUGCAUCCCAGUCUUUGCUGGUAAACCUUCGGGCUAUGCAGAAUUUCUUGCAGUUACCAGAAGCUGAAAGAGAUCGGAUUUACCAGGAUGAAAGGGAAAGGAGCUUGAAUGCUGCCUCGGCUAUGGGUCCUGCCCCCCUGAUAAGCACACCGCCCAGCCGCCCUCCCCAGGUGAAAACAGCUACUAUUGCCACUGAGAGGAAUGGGAAACCAGAGAACAAUACCAUGAACAUUAAUGCUUCCAUUUAUGAUGAGAUUCAGCAGGAAAUGAAGCGCGCUAAAGUGUCCCAAGCACUGUUUGCAAAGGUUGCAGCAACCAAAAGCCAGGGGUGGUUGUGUGAGCUGUUACGCUGGAAAGAAGAUCCUUCUCCAGAAAACAGGACUCUGUGGGAGAACCUCUCCAUGAUCCGAAGGUUCCUCAGUCUUCCUCAGCCAGAACGUGAUGCCAUUUAUGAACAGGAGAGCAACGCGGUGCAUCACCAUGGCGACAGGCCGCCCCACAUUAUCCAUGUUCCAGCAGAGCAGAUUCAGAGCCCCUCUCCCACCAGCCUUGGGAAAGGAGAGUCUAGAGGCGUUUUCUUACCAGGCCUGCUGACCCCUGCACCAUGGCUCGGUGCUGCUCCCCAGCAGCAGCCGCAGGCGCAGGCGCAGCAGCAGCCGGCGCCGCCACCGCCGCAGGCGCAGGCGCAGCAGCCCGCCGGGCCCCGGCUCCCCCCUCGGCAGCCCACCGUGGCCUCGCCCGCCGAGGCCGAGGACGAGAACCGGCAGAAGACCCGGCCGCGGACGAAAAUUUCCGUGGAAGCCCUGGGCAUCCUCCAGAGUUUCAUCCAAGACGUAGGCCUGUACCCGGACGAAGAGGCCAUCCAGACUCUGUCCGCGCAACUUGACCUGCCCAAGUACACCAUCAUCAAGUUCUUUCAGAACCAGCGGUAUUAUCUCAAGCACCACGGCAAACUGAAGGACAACUCCGGCCUAGAGGUGGAUGUGGCCGAGUACAAAGAAGAGGAGUUGCUUAAGGAUUUGGAAGAGAGUGUCCAAGACAAAAAUGCUAACACCCUUUUCUCGGUGAAGCUAGAAGAAGAGCUGUCAGUGGAAGGAAACACGGACAUUAACACUGACUUGAAAGACUGAGAUCAAAGUAUUAUUUUCAUUCAACAGUGCCACUGGUAUUUACUAAUGAAAUGAGAAGUCCACCUUGUAUUCUCUCAGAAAACCUUUGUUGUUCAUUGUUUGGCCAAUGAAUCUUCAGAAACUUGCACAAACAGGAAAGUUGAGAAAGGAUAAUACAGACUGCACUAAAUGUUUUACUCUGUUUUACAAACUGCUGGGCAGCCCCAGGUGAAGCAUCGAGGAUUGUUUGGUAUUAAGAAUUAAAAUUUGUGUUCACGGGACACAUCAAGUUGUGUACCCCGUAAGCAUGAUACCAGUGAUUUUUUUUUUUAAAGAAAUUAUUAUUCUGGAGCCUCAAACAAGCAUUAUAACUUCUGUGAUUAUUAUUUCCUUCCUUUAAUUAUUUCUGUAACACUCCACACUGAUCUUUGGAAACGCGCCCCUUAUUUUAAAAAAAGAAAAAAAAAAGAGUUUGUUACUCUAUUGUAUGUUACAAAAGAACUAUAGACUGUGGAAUGCAGUUUAAAGAUGACAUAUGCCAACAAAUGCCUUGUAUUAUAUGGCACUGCCGUAAUUCAAAUUUGUUUUUAUUUUGGAAAUAAAAGUUCACUGUAAUUUUUUUCAUUCUCAUUGUUACAUGAUUUUUUAAAAAAUGAAAAGAAAAUGUGAAACACAAUUUAGUCCUCAUUAUUUAUUUGUAGAUCCUGCAGCAUCAUGUUGUAAUUAAUUUUUUGGAAGUUUCCGUUAAAUGUAAUAUUGCUUCUCUUGUUACCAUACUGAUUCUUUUCUAUUUAUAAAUGUAUUUUGAUGGGCAGUAAAACAAAGUGUCUUAAAAGUUUUAAAUAGAGAAAAUGUGCUUUACACAGUUGCCUAUAAAAAGUGCUCUAUGUUAUCCAAGCAAUUCAUACUAUAAGCUUCACUCUUAUUGUUGUAUGCAAUUUUUACUAUCAUGCAAAUAAGCUUAGGUAAAUAAAACUAAUAGAUCACCUUAGAAAAUUAUGCAAUUAAUGUGAAAAUAAUUGAUGUUUGCAAUGUGUCUUCCUUUGGUUUACAAUCAAUUUUAAAGCUACAUCUGUAUAAAAUUUCUGUAUAAAGGUGUAUUUCUUUUUUAUGAGUUUAUGGCUAUGAAAACACCAGCUAUUUUGUUACAGCUGGCUGUUUUUAUAAGUGUAUCACAAUUUUCUUUAUGCAGAAAUGUUCUGAUUAGGAGUGGUUAUUGACUGUAACUACACAAUUAAAAUUGUUUGUAUGGUA